AUGUCGAUGAGUAAUAUUGUCGUCUUUGGAGGGGACUCGCACCCCAAUCUGGUGACCAAGAUCUGUGAGAAUUUGGAUAUUCAUCCAUCGCGAGUGGAAUUAGGGAAGUUUUCUAAUGGGGAGACGAGCAUUGCCCUACGUGAGUCUGUCCGUGAGAAGGACGUGUACAUCAUCCAGAGUGGAUGCGGUCAGGUGAACGACACGUUCAUGCAGCUUUUGAUCCUGAUCAGUGCCUGUAAGUCUGCCUCCGCCUCGAGGGUUACAGCGGUGAUGCCAUAUCUCUGCUACUCAAGACAGCCGGAUAUCCCGUAUACUGCCAAAGGUGCUCCCAUUAUUUCCAAGCCUAAAGAGAAUUACACUUUUGAGUCACAUCCAGGUACCCCGGUGUCUUCUUCAUUGAUGACGCAAAGGCCUGGGGCUGAAAGUUCGUUGAAGAGCUUGGAUAGUGUCAUACGAUCCACUAUCAAUUUAGAAAAUCCUCAGCCCAUUAGAACACCUUAUAGCAAUGCAACGGCGAAUAACAAUUUUGACAUCAAGAAGACGCUUUCUUUUUCCAGAAUCCCCAUGAUUCCCGGUGGUAAGCUACAAAAUACAAGUAAUAGCACUGACGCUGGCGAAUUGUUCAACGCGCAAAAUGCAGGUUACAAAUUAUGGGUAGUACAAGCCGGUACUUUGAUUGCACAUUUGCUGAGUGCUGCGGGUGCAGACCAUGUGAUCACAAUGGAUUUGCACGACCCGCAAUUUCCAGGCUUUUUCGACAUUCCGGUGGAUAAUCUUUACUGUAAGCCCAUUGCUCAAAACUACAUCCAACAUCGUAUUCCAGACUAUCAGGAUGCGGUGAUUGUUUCCCCAGAUGCCGGUGGUGCCAAGAGAGCCACAGCUAUUGCAGACGCUCUAGAAUUGUCCUUUGCCUUGAUCCAUAAAGAAAGAAGAUCUCAGUUGCUUAAGGGACCUCCAGAUGCCACACUGACCUCGGGUGGUUCGUUACCUGUAUCUCCAAGACCUUUAGUGACUACUUUGGUUUCUUCGCAAAACAUUACUACUUCAGGUGCCACCGAAGUCGGCGCGCUCGAGAUGAAGAAAACAGCCUCAACGUCUUCCACUUCCUCGCAAUCCUCCAAUUCAUCAAAAUUUGUUCAAACCACCAUGCUUGUUGGUGACGUUCGAAACAAGGUUUGCAUUAUCGUGGACGACUUGGUUGACACUUCGUACACCAUUACUAGAGCGGCCAAACUGUUGAAGGAUCAAGGGUCUACCAAAGUUUACGCUUUAAUCACGCACGGUGUCUUUUCUGGUGAUGCGCUAGAGAGGAUUGGUCAAAGUAGUAUAGAUAAGCUGAUCAUUUCUAAUACGGUCCCUCAAGAUAGAACCUUGCAAUAUCUAGGUAAGGAUAGAGUGGAUGUUAUUGAUGUUUCUUGCAUAAUCGGUGAAGCUAUCAGAAGAAUCCAUAACGGUGAGUCCAUUUCUAUGCUGUUCGAACAGGGUUGGUAG